CUCUGUUUCCACCGUCAGGGGCACACCCUGCCUGCCCUAGAGCGGUGCAGUGUGACGAGAGGCUGAUGGAGACCAUGACGGGCGGCUGCAGCCUUGUAGAGAGGGAGGGAUGGGAAUGCUGAAUCAGUGAAACUACAUAAAAGGUCCAGGAGAGGGUGAGCGAGUGGGUAAAUGGCAGGGAGAGAAAGGUAACAGGAAGGUUGUAGGUGGAGAAAGAUGAGCUGCAUGAUUCCUUUUCACUCAUUUCGUCAAUAACCUAUCGAGUUUACCACUAUUUCAGCCAUGUCUGUGUUUUCCAAAGAAACUUUAAGCUAAAGUAAAUCUCAGUGGUGACUUUUGUUUACUUUGGUUUAAAGGCGACAUUUUUGUGCUCACAGUUAACGUCAGCCCUGAGAACCAAGAUGCAGGUAGAUGAGCCAGUGCGUUUGCCCAGGUUGUCCCGUGUCGCAGUUUGUGGCGGCACGCACGGCAACGAGCUCUCAGGAGUGUACUUGGUGCGAGAGAUGUUGAAGCCGGAGAACAGAAAGGAGGACGGGGGGCCCGCGUCGGUGCUGAUGGUGCUGUCCAACCCUCGGGCCAUGCAGCAGUGCACCAGAUACGUUGACACUGACCUGAACCGCUGCUUCACCCACGCAACCCUCAAUGGCCCCGCAUCAGAGGGGGCCCCCUAUGAGAUCUUCCGGGCCCGUGAACUGAACACCCUGCUGGGUCCCAAAGGCAGCCGGGCGGCAGUGGAUCUCAUCUGUGACCUCCACAACACCACCGCCAACAUGGGCCUGUGCUUCAUCGCUUAUUCUGACUGUGACUGGGUCUGUCUUCACAUAUUCAGACACUUGCAGAAGCAGAUGCCGGAUACGCCAAUGAGAUUCAUCCAUUUUGACGUCUCCACUAAAGAGUCGUAUUCCCUCGACUCCAUUGGGAAACACGGCUUUGCCAUGGAGAUUGGUCCUCAGCCUCAUGGGUGUGUCAAGUCAAACAUUUACACAGCAAUGAAAGAAGGCGUGCAGCACAUGCGGGAUUGGGUCAGCUGUUUUAACUCAGGUUGUGUGUUUGAGGGAGGACCAGUCGACGUGUUCACCAUGGUUAAAAACUUAGAUUAUCCCAGAGACGGCGAGACUCGCAACAUUACGGCAGCCAUCCAUCCACGCCUCCAGGACCGAGACUUUUGCCUGCUCCGCCCCGGAGAGCCCCUCUUCCAGACGUUCUCAGGAGAAACAUUGAAAUACCAGGGCGACGAAGCGCUCUACGCUUUCUUCAUCAACGAAUGCGCCUACUACGAGAAAGGCAUCGCGCUGUCCCUGGCCAGGAAGAGGCGUGUGACCGUCCCUUCUAUCCGUGUGCAAACGGACGAGGAAGAGCGAGCGAGCGAGGAAAGUUUUGCAUCAGAGGAAGAAGAGUGAAGAUUUAUUUUAUUUUAUUUUUUUAUCGAAAUGACAACACGUACAAGCCUUGCAUAUGCGCACACAUAUUUACACACCUAGUAACAGUUUCACUUUAGGUUCACAAACAUGUUUCAACAAAUCAUUCAGGGAUAGAAGAGCCGUUUGUGUUUGAUGUUUGGAUGAGUAAAAUACAAUCCAACUCAGCAGAACGUUUAUCAAACCAUUCGGAAAUAUCACGAAACUUUGGAAAACGAUGCUCAUCUGUUCCCAUCCAGCAAAUGUGUCUAUUUCCUCCAAAUAUAUAUUUAUAUUUAUCUAUCAAUGUAAAAUUACAUGAAUAUUCAGGAUAUGAUUAAAGUAAUGUAAAAUUGCAGAACAAAUUCAGCAGUUUUUCCACAUAUGGCCUUAAAGUACAUUCAUAAUUAAUAAGGGGUGGACAUACUCUCCCUUAUUUCUGAUGACUUUCUGUUCACAGCAGCGAUUUUUAGUGAUCAAAGAAACAUCAAACACAAAGCAGGAAACGAAACCACAAAAAUAGCCAGAUGGACAAAACAGAAGGUUUUAAAUGACACAAAUGAAAAGUUUCCCCCUACAAAAUCCGAUCAAAUGUGCAUGAAAAGUAACAAAACGACAUACUUUGUAUAUAUAAAAAAUAAAUAAACCAGUUAAAUAACAAACAGAAAGCCAUCAACGUGGACAUUUGGUCAAGACUGACAUGGAUGCAGUAAUAAUCUUUCACUUCUCAGUGACAAAGCAUUCUGCGUCAAAAGCCUCUGAAGAAGAUAACACGAAUGUUUUUGUGUUUCGCUUGAAACAUUCAGUACAUAAGGUGUGUCUGUCAAACAGGUGUGGUCUCAUAACUCUGAGACAGCCACUGAAUUGUCAUUCUUCACUGUAACUUUGAAUGAGAUCACAGGAGCAAUUGUGAAAUAGCAGAAAUUAUGUGAA